GUUCGAAUUGGAAUUAUUUUAGUUCUUUUGUUGAUCUUUUUUUGUGUAUAUGUGUCAUUUGACUGCUAUGUUCAAUGAGUUUGCCUUAAUUAGUGUUUAAAUAGAUUAGUUCUCGAAAUGUCUGCAAAUACAUCAACCAUACAAGAAAAUGAAAGUUCUGACGAGGAGGAGGUUGAGCCAAAGUUAAAGUAUGUUCGAAUGUCAAAUGACCUGAAACGAAUUCUAAAUAAAGAUGCAGUCAGCUGUAUCGCUGUGCAUUCCAAGUUUUUAUGCAUUGGAACGCAUUGGGGCGCUGUACAUUUGCUGGACCAUCAAGGGAACACCGUGGACAAUUCGAUAAAUAAUGCACAGGACUUUCCGGUUCAUAUGGUUUCAGUGAAUCAGAUCUCGAUUGACAAUAAGGGCGAAUACAUUGCUACGUGCUCGGACGAAGGAACGGUGGUGAUCAGUGGUUUCUACACAGACGAAAACAAUUACAACAUAAAACUCGGACGGGCAGUAAAAACGAUUGCAUUGGACCCGGUUUAUUACAAGUCCGGUUCAGGACGUCGAUUCAUUAUUGGCGACCAAAAAUUAACAUUGCAUGAAAAAACAUUUUUGAAAGGUCUCAAACAAACGGUUCUGUGUGAAGCCGAAGGUGUUGUGUCGGCCAUUGCAUGGACCGAUCAUUUUGUGGCAUGGGCCAGUGUGAUUGGAGUACGUGUCUAUGAUUUGAAUGAGAAAUGCUCGCUGGGUCUUAUCAAGUGGGAAGAACCAAAAGAUCAAUUGCUCAAUGACUUUCGAUGUAAUUUGAAAUGGUCAAAUUCAACGACGCUUCUCAUCGGCUGGGUUGAUAUCGUUCGCAUUUGUGUGAUUCGAAAACGAAAUUCCGUUGAAGUUUCCACGAGAGGAUUGCCUGAUUUCAUUGUUGAUCCAAUUUCCACGUUUCAAAUGGAUUGCUACAUUUGUGGACUUGGACCGUUGGAAAGUGAUCAAUUAGUUGUACUAGGCUAUCCCAAAGAGAAAGAUCCAACGACAAAUAAAGCAUUACGCCCAAUUUUGUGCGUCAUUCAAUAUAAAAGCUAUGAUUACGAAGAAAUAUGCACCAAUAGCCUAUCGCUGAGGGGAUAUUCGGAAUACAAGGUUAACGAUUAUCAUUUGGAUACGCUGAUUGAGGAGAAUCAAUAUUUUAUUGUAUCUCCAAAAGAUAUCGUUGUUGCCAGCCUGUAUGAAAACGAUGACCGAGUCAAAUGGUUUAUUGAACAUGAAAAAUUCGAACAAGCAAUGCAAGUGAUAUCCGAACAUGGUGGUAAAUAUUCAUUGGUUAGUGUGGCUAGAUUGUAUUUGGACCAUCUGCUGGAGCAGAAAAAAUACGACGAAGCGGCCAAAUUGUGUCAACAAACAUUUGGAAACGAUAAAGUAUUAUGGGAAGAGGAGGUGUUUAAAUUUGUCAAAGUACAAAAAUUACGAUCUGUUAGUCGAUAUCUUCCCCGUGGAAGUGAUUGCAAACUGAAACCACAUGUUUACGAGAUGGUUUUGUACGAAUACCUACAAUUCGAUGCACAAGGUUUUCUGGUGUUGAUCAAAGAAUGGGACCCAUCGCUGUACAAUACAUCAGCCGUGAUAAACGCUGUUCACGAACAGUUUAACGAACGGGAUAAGGACAUUUUGUUGGAAUCAUUGGCACUUUUGUAUUCAUAUGAGCACAAAUACGAAAAAUCAUUGACAAUGUAUUUGAAGCUUCAACAUAAAGACGUGUUUAAUUUGAUCAAAAAGUAUAACUUGUACGAUGUGAUUUACCGCACCAUUGUGCCUUUGAUUCAGUUGGAUAGCGAACAGGCCAUUGCAAUGCUACUGGAGCGUAAUAAAAUCCCGGUGGAUGUUGUUGUUGCUCAACUACAAAAUCACGAAGAAUAUUUAUACUUGUAUCUGGAUGCUUUUGACAAAAUCGACAAUUCCGGGCGAUACCACGCAAAACUGGUGCAUCUUUAUGCGAAGUACAAUCGAGAGAAACUGUUGCCAUUUUUGAAACGAUCCAAUAGCUAUCCAAUCGAGGAGGCAUUGAGUGUGUGCACCAAUAAAUUAUUUUAUCCGGAGAUGGUGUAUUUGCAUGGUCGCAUGGGCAAUACAAUCGAAGCUCUGUCUAUCAUCAUCAAUAAAUUGGACAAUAUUCAAAUGGCCAUUGAUUUUUGCAAGGAACACAACGAUAUGGAUUUAUGGAAUGAAUUAAUUAACCAAUCACUCGAUCGGCCCGAAAUCAUGACAAAGCUCUUAGACGGAAUCGCCGGAUUCAUAAAUCCGGAAAUUUUAGUGAAUAAAAUCAAAAUGGGCCAAUGUAUACCCGGUCUCAAAGAUUCGCUGGUAAAAAUGCUGUGUGAUUUACGGUUACAAGUAUCCAUUCAAGACGGUUGCAAUGAUAUUUUGGUCGGAGACUAUUUCAACCUUCAUGAUCGACACGUGCGAUGCCAACAGAAAGCGGUCUACAUUUCAAAUGAUAACAUUUGCGGACUAUGUCAAAAAGAAAUCGUCGUCAAAGAUCCGCUGAAAAUGAAAAUCAUUGCAUUCAACUGUCGACACUUUUUCCAUGAAAUUUGUCUGCCCGACAAAUACAAUAUCGAAUAUUGUACCGUGUGUAAAUCGAAAAAACCAUAACCAUGGAACACCCAUCCACAUUUCUAUUGACUAGAUCGAGAGGAGAGUAUGUGAAAAAAUUCUAAUAUAUUUUGAAAGAGGAGAGUAUGUUUUCUGAUGAUUCUGUUGGCGUUAAAGUAGAGUAUGUUGUAGUACCGUCUAGCCUCUGCGGUCUUCACAGUUUUCGUGCAAGUGAUAGGAGAUAACAACAUGGUGUCUUCGGCAAAGUUGUAGUACUCGAGGUCUUCUAUAACAUUGCUGAAGACAUCUAUCUCUUAUCUCUUAUCAGUUGCGCGCAAAUCGCGCACAUAAAAAAGCAAAUUUUAUAUAGAACUUUUUUUCUUAUCAUUUUUCGCGUUUUUCGCGGAACUGAUAAGAGAUAAGAGAUAACUGAGCAAUGUUAUAGAAAACCUCGAGUGCUACAACUUUGCCGAAGACACCAAGUUGUUAUCUCUUAUCAGUUCCGCGGAAACCGUGGAAAACCGCGAGGACCCGCCAAAAAUGAACAUACUCGCCUUUAACCAUUUUUGUGUCGAAAGAAACUUACUCUUCUCUUUCAUAACAAAGUCAGAUGAACUUACUCUCCUCUCGAUCUAGUCAAUAGAUUUGGAGGAAAUGUCACAAAUUAACACUUCAUUUUAAUACUCCCAGCAUCCAAAAUUGAAUUUGUUAGGACGUAACUUCGUUGAAUUAAUAUGUAAUCAAUUUAGUACAUUCGCUUAAAUGAUAAAAAAUAACACCUUUGUUUCGGAAAAAUUUAGCAUUGUACAUACCAAACUUAUAUUUGUAUGAAAACAAGUAAUAAAGAAGUCGAAUUCGAACUAAUAAAAUAUCAAGUUAAAGUUGAAAAGUGA